AUGGUCGCCCUCGACCGCUUUCUUGCCAUCUCGGCACUAUCUCUCGGCGCGCUGGCGUGCCCUCUCGGCCCCAAGACCAUUUCCCGCCGCGCCGACACCAACACCUCCUCCUCUUCCACCCCGGCAGCCUCGUCCUGGUCCCCUCCCUCUUCAAUGACCACAGCCCUCGACCAAGUCUGGAAGCAGACUCUCAAAGAGAAAGCCAACUGGUUCGACGACAAGAACUGGAACCUCGACCAACUAAUGGCAAACAACGGCAGCAUCAACUACUGCGUUCGCUGGAACACAGCCCAGGCCUCCACCGCCGAGAAUAGAGCCCUCACCGCUUCAGCGCUGCAACGCAGUCUAGGAAAAUGGGCCGAUACCCUCAUCGGCUUCGCCGGCUUUCCCUUGACUUCUGUCGACGUGAACGUAGUCGGCUACGCCGUCAAGGAUAAGUCCCUCAUGCAGGGCGACGUCUCAGAUAUCGACGUCUACACCACUGCCGACGCAGAUGGCGUCCCAGAAUGUGACCCACGCUGCUACCGCGGUGCGCACCUCGACGGCGACAUCUCCACUUGCCCCGGCGGCGAAGCUUCUCGCUACGACAUCUCCCUCUGGCUUGACGACAGUCUUGCCGGCGAGAUAGCCGUGGAGGAUGAGAAUGUGCAUAUCCUAUUGCACGAGAUGGGGCACGGGUUUGGGCUCUUGGAUUUCUAUGAUUGGGUGCCUGAGGGACAGGAGAGUUUUGUGAUGAUGGCGGGGAGUGCGAUGGAGGUUACGGAGUUUGAUGCGUGGAUGUUGAGGGAUUGGUGGAGGAAGCUGAAGGCUGUGCGGGGGUGGUAG